CCUUUCUCUUGUCAUAUCGGUGGUUGUACGCGUGACCUUUUGUGAGACGAAUAAAUGACUGUCGAAGUGGAGACAUCGGACGCAUCUAUGGCGUCUCCCACAAGCUCGAGUGGCACAGGCCCCGAGUCCUUGCGAUUGUCGGAGAUCGAGAGUGCGCAUCUGUGCCCUGCAGGCCGCAUGAAGAUGGAGGAGCUUUUCCGGCAGUGGCUUAACGUGGAUGGCACGAAGGAAAUGAUCCAGAACAUGGUGGCCGAUCUACGUCAGGGCAAGGAGCUUAACCUGGACGCAUUGCUAGCUACAGUCAGCACUGUCGGCAGUGGAGCUGACUCGCCCUCGCGUAGUCCCAAGCGGCCGCCUAAUUACCAGUUCGGCAUGCUCAGUCCCGGCUCAGCCGGCAGCCCCAGCGCUCGCAGACGACACCAGCACCUGGUCAGUCUCUUCGGAGAUGAGCUCCACAAUGCUGCAGUCGCAGUUGCUGCCGUUGCAGUGGAGACUGAAGCACCAAAGACCGAGGAAACAGAAGCUGCUGCGUCGUCGGACGACCAGAGAACCAGGAGGAACCUACAACACCUGUAG